AUGUCCUGGCUAUGCCGUCGGCAACAUCCUCGUAUAAGCGUAUGUUGUUACUGCUUCAGCCGCAGGUCCCUGCAACUCCAGUGUCAACGUUUUGGUGUAAGAGUAAGUUGUUCCGGCUUCCCCAGCAGGUCCCAGCCAUGGCAUCCGCAACCUGCUCGUCUUGUCCGUGAGGCCCUCCCAGCUGGCCAGGCUCACCCUGUGGCUCCUGCACCUGUGCCUCCUGCACCUGUGCCUCCUGCACCUGUGCCUCCUGCACCUGUGCCUCCUGCACCUGUGCCUGCCCCGGGAACCUUGGGCUGUUUCCGAUUCCUCUUCAACCCCCGGAAACAUGUUGGGCCUUCUUUUCCAGCCAGGCGGGACCGUGCCCCUGUGAGGCUGUGUCCUGUCCCUCAGAACACAGGCACCCCACUGAGGGUCCUGCCUUCUGUGGUCUGGAGCCCCCACUCAAGGAAGAAACCCGUGCUGUCUGCUCACAACUCCAUGAUGUUUGGACACCUCAGCCCCGUGAGGAUCCCUCGUCUCAGAGGCAGGUUUAACCUCCGACUUCCUUCAUUAGAUGAGCAGGUGAUCCCAGCCAGGCUCCCGAAGAUGGAGGUGAGGACAGAAGAGCCCAAAGAAGCAACGCAGGUGAAAGACCAGGUAGAGACCCAGGGGCAGGAAGACAAUAAAAGGGGCCCCUGUAGCAAUGGGGAAGCAGCCUCCACCUCCAGGCCCCUGGAGACUCAGGGAAACCUCACUUCCUCCUGGUAUAAUCCCAGGCCCUUGGAGGGAAGUGUCCGUCUGAAGAGCUUGACAGAAAAGAACCAGACUGACAAGGCCCAGGUGCAUGCAGUGAGUUUCUACUCCAAGGGCCAUGGAGUCGCCAGUUCACACAGCCCUGCUGGAGGCAUCCUUCCCUUUGGGAAGCCUGACCCAGUUCCAACAGUGCUCCCUGCACCAGUUCCGGGCUGCUGCCUGUGGCCAGAGAAGGCGGCCUUGAAGGUGCUGGGUAAAGACCACCUGCCCAGCUCUCCAGGCUUGCUGAUGGUGGGGGAGGACAUGCAGCCCAGGGAUCCUGCAGCGCUUGCAUCAAGUAGCUCUUCUCCCCCCACAGCUGUCGGCCAUGGGUCCCGCAAAAGAAAGCUGUCAGGGUCACCGCUGCAGCUGCAACCGACCCCUCCCCUGACACUGAGGUGGGAUAGAGAUGAGGGGCCCCCACCGGCUAAGCUUCCCUGUCUGUCUCCUGAGGCACUGUUGGUGGGUCAGGCUUCCCAAAGAGAAGGACGCCUCCAGCAGGGCAACAUGCGUAAGAACAUGAGGGUGUUAAGUAGAACAUCAAAAUCCAGGAGACGAAAACAGCUGCUUAGAAGGAGAAAGAAGACACGGCAGGGCAGGCGUGGUGGCUCACGCCUGUAAUCCAGCACUUUGGGAGGCCCAGGCGGGCGGAUCAGGAGGUCAAGAGAUCGAGACCUGAGGAGCAUCUCUGCCUGGUCCCUGCACCAUCUGGGAAGUGAGGAGCGCCUCUGCCCAGCCGCCCCACAGUCUGGGAAGAGAGGAGUGCCUCUGCCUGGCCACCGUCCCAUCUGGGAGGUAAGGAGCACCUCUGCUGGCACUCCCCACCACCCUCCACCCCACCGCCUGGGAAGUGAGGAGCGCCUCUGCCCAGCCGCCUCACAAUCUGGGAAGUGAAGAGCACCUCUGCCCGGCCACGGCACCAUCUGGGAAGUAAGGAGGCCCCAGCCCAGCAGCCGCGCAUCUGGAAGGUCAGGAGCGCCUCUGUCGGGCAGGCCUACCGUCUGGGAAGUGAGGAGCGCCUCUGCCUGGAGCCCAACUGUCUAGUAAGUGAGAAGCGCCUCUGCCUGGCCACCCCACCAUCUGGGAAGCGAGGAAUGCCUCUGCCCUGCCCACGUACCAUCUGGGAAGUGAGGAACACCUCUGCCCGGCAAUGUCGCCAUCUGGGAAUUGAGGAGUGCCUCUACCCAAUCCCACCGUCUGGGAAGUGAGGAGUGCCUCUGCCCUGCCCCCGCAAGGUCUGUGAACUGAGGAGCGCCUUUGCCCAAUCCCACCGUCUGCAAAGUGAGGAACGCCUCUGCCCUGCUCUGGGAGCACUAUCUGGGAAGUGAGGAGCGCCUCUGCCCUGCUCUGGGAGCACUAUCUGGGAAGUGAGGAGCGCCUCUGCCCUGCCCCCGCACCGUCUGGGAAGUGAGGAGCGCCUCUGCCCAGCAGCAGCCACGUCUGGGAGGUCAGGAGCGCCUCUGCCCGGCUGCCCCACCAUCUGAGAAGUGAGAAGCCACGUAUAACUGGUGGGUCUCGUGGUGAAUUCCACAUUGAGUGAAAGGGCAGGUCUAAGAUAGGCCCAGAAGAAUGAGUACAACUCAGAUAGAGGAAAACAGACGAGGCCAGGAACAUGGAAGCCAACACUUAUUAAGCAUCUGUUAAACGCCAGGCAUGGUGCUACAUUUCUAUAGGAACCUUAUGAAGUGGAGGCUGUUAGCAAGCCCACUGCACAGGUGAGAAAACUUAGCUAAGGUCACAGCACAUGCAAGUGACAGAGUGAAGACUGCAACCAGCUGUGUCCCAGCAAGACAAUUUCAUAAGUGACACUGUGUCCUCCAAAUUCUAGGAGGCACAAAAUGGCUGGUUGUGCCACUACUGAUGAUAUUUAAAUUGAUCAGAAUGAUCUUUUUAACUAUUCUUAUCACUCUCCUGCUUAAAACCCUGUAAACUCCAUCACAAAUAGAAUAAAACCCUAGUCGCUUACCAUAGUUGUUGCUCUCCCUCAAAUGGACACUCUCCCCCUAGAACUUUUCUUGGCUGGCUACUUCUCAGCCAUCUCCAAAAGCCCUUCUUCCCAAGCCACUCUCUGACUCAUAGCCCUGUUUUAUUUUCUUUGGCA